CCGAAGAGUUGAAAAGAAAGAACAAUUGUUCAGUGCUAACCGAGACUGACGGCGCGUUCCGCCUAGCGUUGCAGCGCAUAUCGCAGCUUUGCCUAUUUCUUAUCAGGCUGCUGCAGAUAGAAUGUCCGACCGAGACACUCGCAAGCAAUAUGCGGGGAUUCUAACUCCCGAACCUAGGAAUGAAGGCAAACACUCUCCAGUCCUGCAGGACACGGCGUCACUGCACAGUUGUGAAUAUUCUCUGCAGCCCGUAAAAACCCCGCCUUCGGCGUGAUGAGGGUCACAGUCACCCUGCCUCAAAUCCAUCGCAGGAUCUGGCCAAAUACAUUCUGCACGAGCUUGCACAGUCCGAAGGCUUUUCCAUCUCGCCGAAAGCGGGGCAUCGUGGCCACCAUACGCAUAAAGCUGUGAGUUGGGAUUCGACAGACGGCCAUCAGCUCAUUCCUGUCUAACCUGCGAUGAAAUGGCGUACCUAGCUCAAUUGGAGGCAGUUUCGAGGGAUCUGUCGGCAGCCGUCGAGGAGCUUGCCUCGCAUUACAGGCAUGGAGGGAUAGACAGUCUCGGUGUCCGACCACCACAGCUGCUACCCACAGGAGCACCUCCAGAUGUCCACCGAGCAAGAGAGUCCGCGUUGGCAAGUCUGACUAAAUUGCAAGUCAUGCUGGCGGAACCGACGGAUUUGCUGCAAAAUCUGGCAGGCCAGGUGCAAUUGCUUGCCUGUAUGCAAUGGCUUGGUGAUCUUCAAGUUCCAGCUUGUAUCCCGUUGGAGGGCACCGCCUUGAUCAAGGAUGUUUCCAAUCUUAUCGGGGUCCCAGAAAGCCAGCUUAGUCGGGUUAUCAAAAUGGCUACAACCGGGGGCUUUCUCCAGGAACCACAGCCCGGCCAUGUGUCCCAUAGCGAGAUUUCCGCAGCGUUUGUGACAAAACCCUCGUACCUCGACGCAGCCAUGUUCUUGGCUGAAACGGCUGCCCCCGCCGCGUUGACCAAGGCGACAAGUAUCAAGCAAGAUUCCGACUCCGAUGAGCGAAAGGAUGGGAUCCCUUGUCUGUCUGCCUUCGGCACUGCCAGUGAAGCCCAGUUGCCCCGCCUCCAGCGGCAGUGGCAGGCCUAUCUCCGAUAUGGAACCGGCCAUGUGUGCGACAUGGCGAUUGAUGUCCUAACUUGUCUAGAGGGAGUUCGCACGACGAAUGAGUCUAUUGUUGAGGUCGGCGCACGAUCCACAGAACGGGCUAUCACCCUCGCAACCCAAUAUCCAUCGCUCCGCUUUACAGUCCAGCUCCAAUCCUCUCGACAUGACCGAGUUCGGACUUCGAAUCCCAGGAUAACCAUCUCGCAUCGACAACCAGGAUCACCACAGCCAAUUCUCAACGCAGCCCUGUACAUCCUCAAUUGUCCCAUCCCCGUGCCUGGCUCAUCAUCUGCCUUGGUACCGACACAGCUCGCGGCUGAACUUCGCGCGCAUCUACCUGCGUUGCGGCUUAACCGGUCGGCUACGUUGGUCGUAAUUGCCCCCUCGGCGUCGGACUCUGAUGAAGGGAUACGGCUGACGCGAAUCCGCGACCUGUCCCUACUACAACUGGCGAGGCAACGUGAGUUGGGAUUGUCCGAAGUGAUCAACCUGCUGAACGGAAUCAGUGACGGGGAGGGAAGACUGGUGCUGGUGAAUCAAGUGCGAUCGGCCGGAAAGUAUGGGGUUGUUGCGUUGGAAGUGAAGUAUCAACCUCAUUGAUUUGGCAGAUAAGAACCGAGUGUGGCGAUAUGAAAGCAAUCACCUCAGGUCUACAAAAUAUGCCAGUGUCUCUCAGCGCCAUGCCCCUUCGGUGCUUGAUCAGACUGGCGCUGUUGAAAAAAAAGACCCAAACCUGCGGACAAAAGCUCAGUUAUUACUAGGUGGCGUCGAGCGUUUUCGGCCGAUGAACACCUAUCUAAAUUCAUCGAAUGCUGUUUCUCUGUAGUGCAAGC